AUGGAAGGAGACAUGGUGGCUAAGGUGAAGAGGGAGACGGUGGUGGCAUGCAUGACUUGUCCUCUCUGCGAUAAGCUCCUCCGCGACGCCACCACUAUUUCCGAGUGCCUUCACACGUUAUUAUCAUCAAUUUUGCGGUUGCGUUUUGGUAUGAUUCCAUCUCGUUUCCUAGUAGAAGCCAUCCCAAUUGUCAGCCUUGCUUUAGUGGGUGUUGUGGAAAGAGUCGGAAAAUCUAUGCUAUUCAAUAACUUAUUAGACCACUUUUACGCAGUUUGUAGAAAAUGCAUAUAUGAGAAAAUCACAGAGGAUGAGAUAGAGUGCUGUCCAGUAUGCGAUAUUGACCUCGGAGGUACCCCACUGGAGAAACUAAGGCCUGACCACAUUUUGCAAGACUUGAGAGCCAAAAUAUUUCCUCUAAAACGAAAAAGAGAGAGGGCGCCUGAAGUUGUGUCCUCAAUCACAUUACCUGCAAGGAGGAAAGAGAGGUCUAUCUCGUCUUUGGUGGUAAGCACACCUAGAGUUUCAGGACAAACUGGUACAACAGGAAAAAGAACAAAAUCUGUCAUGAGAAAAGAUGUACGAGGUAGUGGUACAUUCACUAAGAGAACUGUGAAGAAGGAAGAAGAAUUCGGAGAUGAUCAUACAGAGAGCGCAAGCUCGCCUGAAACACUUCAAAAAUUUACUCAGAAUAAAAGGCAGUCUUCAUUUGCAGAGCCUAAUCAGUCCCUCUCUAGUCGAAGAAGCAAGGAUGUUAGUGAACCUUGGGAUUCCAAAUUACAUCAUUGGAAACCUUUAAACUUUCUUGUGGAUGUGGCAAACGGAACAAAGCCCUUAAAGUCUUCUAGUUCUCAAGGGAUGGACCCAAAAUCUGAGCAUGGAAAUGCAUCUCACAGUGAUGUUCCGGGGAGUAAAACCAAAACAAAGGAUCAUAAAAGAAAAUGUAAACUCGAGGAAGAGAUCAGCAAAAACUGUGAUCCUACAACAUCAGAAACCGCUACGGUUAAAAGAACGCGUAGGACUCGCCGUAAAAGGUCAUCGAGUUUUGGUGAUUCAAGAAUUUCAUCACUAUCAGAUGCAGCAAGCCUGACAUUGGAGAGGAGAAAUGGUCCAGUUUGGUUCUCACUUGUGGCGUCAAAUAAUCAGGAAGGAGAAACAUCCUUGCCUCAGAUUCCGGCGAACUACUUGAGAAUAAAGUAA